CCACUGUAGUUGGAGCACAUUAGGGAAUAACAGAAGAUGGCUUCGCGCCCCUGAAAAUUCACUCCAUGACGGCUUAAUCUCUUCAAACCAAAGAUUGUCUGAGGGACAGGGGUUAUAAAUAUCUUAAUUUUGUCCGGGACAAAGGCUGUUACAAGAAAACAAAUAUAUAUGGACUGAGCUGUUGUGGCUCACGCUAAAGCACGGGUUCCGAUUUAACAAUGGAAUCACUGAAAAGGUACGUGGUGCUCUCUGUUUGUUUGGUUUCUUCAUUCGUUCAAAACAUAUCGACUUCAGGGACUCAUUAUUCCAUACCGGAAGAAAUGCAAGAAGGAUCAGUUGUCGCUAACCUUGCAACCGAUCUCGGCCUGGAUGUUAAAACGCUGAAUCAGAGGAAGAUGCGCCUCGACAUCAUUGCUAACAAGAAAUACCUAGACGUGAACAAAGAGACAGGGGACCUGUAUGUUGUUGAGAAGAUUGAUAGAGAAUAUAUUUGCAAUACCAAGUCAUCGGCAUCUUGCUAUCUCAGACUGGAGAUAAUAUUAGAAAACCCAGUGCGAAUUUUUAAUUUAGAAGUAGAAAUAUUGGACAUGAACGACAACGCCCCUCAGUUCAGAAGAGGCACUAUAUAUCUGGACAUAUCUGAAGCGACACCAAAAGGAGAGAGAUUUUCUCUGAGCAAUGCAAUUGAUCCAGAUGUUGGAAGCAAUUCAGUGAACACGUAUCACCUGAGUGAAAGUGAAUAUUUUAAUAUUCAGGUUCAGACUGGGAGAGAUGGAUCUAAGUUUGCUGAUUUGAUCCUGAAAAAGACAUUAGAUAGAGAGCAGCAGGCUGUUCAUAAUUUAAUUCUCACAGCUAUAGAUGGAGGAACACCUGCUCGGUCGGGUACUGCCAGUGUUAUUGUUUGUGUUUUGGACACAAAUGAUAACGCACCCACAUUUAAAGAAUCAAUUUAUAAUGUUAAAAUAAUGGAAAAUUCUCCCAUUGGAAGCCUUGUUAUUGGUCUGAAUGCAACAGACUUAGAUGAAGGGUCAAAUUCUGAUAUAACAUAUUCAUAUAGUUUGUAUACAUCAGAAAAAACACAAGAGAUGUUUCAUUUGAAUCCAAUAACAGGAGAAAUUACUGUCAAGGGAAUGUUGAACUAUGAAGAUUUCAAAAUUUAUGAUAUGGAAGUAAUAGCAACAGACAAAGGAGCAAACAGUUUAUCAGGACAAUGUACCAUAAAGAUUCAAGUUGAGGACAUGAAUGACAACCAUCCAGAAUUAUCUAUUAAAUCAUUUCAGAGUCCAGUCAGUGAAAACAUUGAAUUAAACACAGUGAUAGCUGUAGUUAGUGUUAGUGAUAAAGACUCAGGUGAUAAUGGAGUGGUAGAUCUUCAUAUUCCAGAUAACAUGCCUUUCAAACUGAGGGAGUCCUCUGAUAACUAUUAUGAAUUAGUGGUAUCAGAGCCAUUAGACCGUGAGAAGGUCCCAGAAUAUGACAUCACUUUCACUGUCACAGACAGAGGUUCUCCUCCUUUAUCUGACAAUGAAACUAUGACUUUAGAGCUGCUGGAUGUUAAUGACAAUGUUCCACAGUUCCCUCAGUCAUUUUAUACAAUACGUGUGAUGGAGAACAAUGUACCUGGGGCCUUGCUCAGCUCACUGACUGCGUUUGACCCUGACCUCCAUGAAAACCAGUACCUAGUUUACUUCAUCAUAGAGAAGGAGAUCGCCAACACCUCCAUGUCCAUGCUGUUCUCCAUCAAUCCGGAGAACGGUAAUCUUUAUGGACUGAAAACUUUUGACUAUGAGAUUGAAAAGGAGUUUCUUUUCCACAUCGAGGCCAGAGACUCUGGUUCUCCUCCACUCAGCAGUAACGUGACUGUACACAUCAUUAUUGUGGACCAGAACGACAAUGCUCCAGUUAUUGUCUCUCCAUGGCGCGCACACGGCUCGGUGGUGGAGGAAAAGAUCCCAAGAUCCACAGAUAAAGGCUCCCUGGUUUCCAAGGUGAUAGCCUUAGACACAGACUCUGUGCACAACUCUCGGAUUACCUACCAGUUUCUCCAGGUGACUGAUGCUACCUUGUUCAGUCUGGACCAAUAUAACGGAGAGAUCCGGACUAUGAGGAUGUUCAGUUACAAAGAUUCCCGCCAUCACAGACUGGUUGUUGUUGCCAAGGACAACGGAGAACCUGCUCUCUCUGCUACAGUCACUAUCAAACUGUCCACAGUGGAGACUGCCAUGAAGGCCUACUCUGACAUGACUGAGGUGCCUCUGGAAUAUGACAUCUUUUCAGACCUCAACCUGUAUUUGGUCAUCGGUCUGGGCUCUGUGUCAUUUCUCUUAUUGAUCACCAUAUUGGUCACCAUUGUGAUCAAGUGUCAAAAUCCCAAGCCCAGUAAAACAGCUCCACCCUGCAGGAACAGUGUGAUUAGUGAGAGAAACUCCACCAUCGCAGAUUCCACUCUGGUCUCCAACGAUGCCUACUGGUACAGUCUGUUCCUAGCAGAGACCAGGAAAGGAAAGUUGGUGGUUAGACAGCCUGUGCCAAAGGGCUCCAGAUACAUCGUGUCCAGUUUGCCAAGAGGGACAGGACUGACUGAGACCAGUGACUCAGCAGCUUCUACUUUACAGACCGGGAGAGAUGGGACAAAGUUUGCUGACUUGGUUCUGAAAAAAGCUUUAGACAGAGAGCAGCAGGCUGUUCAUAAUCUGAUUCUCACUGCUGUGGACGGUGGAGUCCCCACGCGCACCGGUACAGCAAGCAUCAUUGUUCGCGUGCUUGAUGUUAAUGACAACGCCCCUUCAUUUGACAAAGACAAGUGA